CCGGGAACGAUUAAGUAGUGUGAAAUUCUCUAUAUUCACUUUAUAUCAGCAUUGCCUUCGGAAGGAGCGAGAUGUCUACAGAUCUAUACACGUCAGAAAGUUUCGGUUCCGACGAGAGCGGCGAUGGCAGUGUCGACCGGCCGUAUAAAACAGUGUUACAAGCUAUGAAGUUUGCAGGGAAAGAACCAUUUCCAACCAUCUACGUGGACGGAAAAGAAAAGGGAGAAAAAUAUGAAGCAGCAGCCAAGUCACAGAUAAAGAAGUGGCAAAAAAUCUGGCUUAGGGAGAGCAAUAAACAAGUUGACAACCAGGAAAGAGAGGCUGAUGCGCAACGCAGAGAGAAGAAUCUAGAAGAAUCUAGGAAGAUAACUAUCUCUAAUGAUAAAAGCCUGCCAGUCCCAAAGCAGAUUAAAGUCCGAGAGUCCACAGACAGCCGUGAUAUUCGUGUGAAAAUCUAUGGCUGGGUUCACCGUCUUCGACGACAGGGAAAGACGCUUAUGUUUGUAGUGAUACGAGAUGGCACGGGCUUUUUGCAAUGUAUUUUUACAGAUCUUCUGUGUCAAACUUAUGAUGCCUUGACAUUAGCUACAGAAGCUGCUAUAUGUGUAUAUGGGGUUAUCAAAAAGUUACCAGAAGGAAAGAAGGCGGAAGGUGAUCAUGAGAUGACAGUGGACUAUUGGGAGCUGAUUGGAGCAUCGCCAGCAGGAGGAGCUGAUAAUUUACUCAAUGAAGAGGCACAUGUUGAUGUACAGCUUGAUAACAGGCAUAUAAUGAUCAGGGGAGAGAACACAUCUAAAGUUUUAAAAAUGAGGUCAGCCGUGAUGCAUUGUUUCCGGGAACAUUACUUCAGUCGUGGAUAUUUCGAGGUCACGGCACCAACACUUGUGCAGACUCAAGUAGAAGGGGGAUCUACACUUUUUAAGCUGGAUUUCUUCGGUGAGCAGGCGUAUUUAACCCAAUCGUCACAACUGUAUCUUGAGACAGCUAUUCCGGCAAUGGGUGACGUUUUUUGUAUUGCGAGUUCCUUCAGGGCUGAACAAUCCAGGACCAGAAGACAUUUAGCUGAAUACACUCAUAUAGAAGCCGAAUGUCCGUUCUUAUCGUUCGAUGAUUUGUUAGAUAGACUUGAAGACUUAGUCUGUGACGUUGUCGAUAGGAUAUUAAAAUCCCCAUUUGGACAUAUUGUGUAUGAACUCAACCCGGACUUUCAACCUCCGAAGAAGCCAUUCAGAAGAAUGGAAUACACUGAUGCUCUAAAAUAUCUGAAAGAAAACAAGAUAACAAAAGAUGAUGGAUCAUUCUACGAAUUUGGUGAUGACAUACCCGAGGCUCCCGAAAGAAAGAUGACUGAUGCGAUUAAUGAGCCGAUAUUUCUGUGUAAAUUCCCAGCAGAAAUAAAAUCGUUCUACAUGCCUAGAUGUAAGGAAGACAGAAGACUUACAGAAUCGGUUGACCUGUUGCUUCCAAAUGUUGGCGAGAUUGUAGGAGGGUCGAUGAGAGUGUGGCAGUACGAUGAGCUAAUGGAAGGUUUCCAACGGGAAGGAAUAGACCCUGCUAACUACUACUGGUACACAGACCAGAGAAAGUAUGGAACAUGCCCACACGGAGGAUAUGGUCUCGGUUUGGAGCGGUUUUUAUGCUGGAUUCUGCACCGACAUCACAUUCGUGAAGUGUGUCUGUACCCAAGAUUUGUCGACCGUUGCAGACCUUGAAAUAUCAUUGUUAAAUGAACGGAAAUACAUAGUUGAAUUGUAUCAACAACUGUUUAAGGAUUUUUUUUUAUGUGUGACAUUUUAUGUAUACGUAUGUGAGGUACAAAACAGAAAUGUAGAUAUUGUGGUUAUGGGCUUAGUCUAAUAAUAAAUGUGCGUAUUGCUUGAUAUAUUGUAGUCUUGAAUUCUGUAUUACUGUUUAUAAUAUUUGAACUCUUUUUUUCAAAUUCUUUAAUAACAUUAUGACAUAGUCAAAUUACGUCGAAUAACAUACACCAUCUUAAAAACAGCUUAUCUCUUUUACGUCCUAGAGUUUGAUAAAAAAAAAUGUUAGAAAAUUUCCUCCUCAGCUUUAUAAGUGGUAUGAAAGUAGUACAAGUGCUUAAAAUAUUAAUUACUAACACUUUUGGACAAUUUCUUAUUUUCUUUACAUAUCAUUUUUUAGAGUUUGUAAUAUCUAACAAUAUUAUGAAAGUGUCAAUGGAGAAAUUUUAAAAAUCAAACCAUCUUCUUUAAUCUUUUUUUUUUAUCUAUAUGUCUAUAUGCGUCACAUUACUAUGUCUUUGUAUGAAAUAAACAUCAUUAUAUCAAA